GUAAUUCUACAUAUGGCAACAAAGCCUUUGUUGUGGAAGUUACGAACUCCUGAAACAGUAACGUCUGGGACGAAAGCCCUAGCUUAUAGUCCGUAACCACAAUGAGCCUUAGGUGUUUGUUCGUGGUUUCUAUAACGGAAUCAAAGCUCCUUUUCUACAGAAUAUUCCCCACUGUCGAAAAACGUUGGAAAAAUGAACACCCAAACUUCGCCAACCUAUGCCUUCCCAAUGACCAAGAAUUAUUGGAUCCAUUAUUAAACGAACUUGGAAUCCUGAAUCCCAACCUCUUUCAGGUUACCAGGGAUUCUUGUCAGAAAAAGCUUCAGGCACCUCUUUUUUGGAUUCCAUUUGGUUUUAACUGUCAAAUCUUUUGGCCAGUUAUAGUUGUUGAGUGCCUCCAAAAUCGCUUAUUAUGCGGUGUUCCAUACUUGGAUCAAAAUCUGCAACCAACUGGAAAUCAACAAUCAGUGUGUGUUGCGAGGUCAUGUGAUGUUGUAAUAGUUUUGGAAUUGCUUUCCAAGCUUGCUCAUCUUACUCAGCUGCCACCAAGUAAAAUGGCUGACCAGCUCAAUGGAACCGUCCAGCGAUGGCUUCCUUUCGGGAGGGCCAGUGGUCACCAACAGCUAGAGCUACGAAGCCUGGUCCCGGCCUCACAAAGAACGAUGUGGCUAAGAUCGAAGCCAAAAAUUGAACUAUAUAUAAAGGAAGAGGUUCGAAUGAUAGCGUCAAAUCUCUCAUUUAAAGCAGACGCGUACGGAACUAUUUAUCUGACGGUAGAUCCAGAUGCCGAGUGCAGUCAUAACAUCAAACUAGAAUUGGGCUUUAGCAAGCUACCUGGAAUACCAUCCGUGCUCUUUCAUCCAAGUGCUCUCGCACAGUGGGAAAAGGCUGUUUGUCACAUAAACAUCCAGCAGCUUCAGGAGAAAACCUUUCCUCUCUGCCAUUAUAGCUUUCCCCUAGAAAUGCCACCUAUUCAACCUUUGCUGAAAAUCCGAAUAGGAGAGCUAGGUAAAGUUUCUAUUUUCGUUCAACUACAUCUUGGUGCCACCAUGAGGAAUACGCUGAAUCGGCUGGAGGUCCGUUUACCCGUACCAACCGGUAAUCGUAUUGCUCGAAUCCUAUCGGCUACCAGUCUUGGCUUAGUAUCAUUGAUCAAAGAUGGUACUCAGCUUUUAUGGAAUCUUGGUGCUUCUGCCUCAUCGUCGUCCAAUCCAAAGUUGAAGGACGAUUUGACUUUAAAUGUCGACGUCGUUAUGGAGAAACUCGAAGCGUCGCUUGUGAAUACCUAUGCUCUUAUAUUGUUCACGUCAGCAGUCUCCGUCUCCGGAGCACAUCUAUCUUUGCUACAACCAACGGAAUUCAAAUUAGUAUCAACAUCAGAUCUAAAGAGCUCCACCUACCGCAUAUGGAAUCAAGACGCCGAAGAAAUCGUUUAAAAUUUUUGAUCAGUUCAUCUUGAAACCCAUUCUCCUUCCCAUGCAUGUCGUUUUAAGGAUAAGGUUCUUCCUUAGAAAAUGACACUCAUCAUGGUGUUGCUCAUCAAAUUUCAUCUAGCUUAGUCUACCUACUCGAUGGAUUUCUUGAUUAUUUUGUUUCACAGCUAUGAAUUAACUUUUGAGAAACUUGUUUACCAUAUCCAUUUGUUUUGGCAACUACAACAAUAA